AUGAGCGAUUUGCCAGUAGAGCCUAUAGCUAUUGGCUUCAAAUGGCGCUCUUCCAAAUGGUUCAUUCUCUCGACUGUGACUAUCGCUUUGUUCGGUGAGACCUUUCUCUAUGGAUUUAUCAUCCCUAUUUUGGGCUACAUGGUGCAGUCUCGCCUAAAAAUCGAUCCUGACCAGGCUCAAAGGCUAACCUCUGCCGUCCUCGCCCUCCAUGGCGCUGUAUCUGUCGUCGCGGGUCCUAUCAUUGGGCAUUUCGCUGAUAGGACACCCAACCGCAAGAUACCGCUGUUGCUUUCAGUCCUCUCGUGUAUUAUAGGCACCAUUAUGAUCGCCGGCACCCAUUCGGUCACCAUCCUCCUCCUUGGACGCGUUUUGCAGGGUGUUGCAACCUCCGCAGUGUGGAUUGUUAGCUUGGCAACUAUUGCGGAUAUGGUGGGUCAGCAGAACCUCGGUGCAAUAAUGGGGUUGACUAUGUCCUUUGUUAACUUGGGAACCAUCGGUGGGCCUGCGGCUUCCGGGCUGCUAUUAGAGGCAGUGGGGUACUGGGUGACAUGGUUGAUACCACUGUUGAUUUUGGCCGUUGACCUUGUCGCACGCCUAGUGAUGAUCGAAUGUCCGAAAAAAGAUUCCUCCACGCCCACAGCAGAGGCAGGAGAGGCAGGGGAGACUGCGAGCCUACUUUCUGCUACAUAUCCACCUGUCGCGCGUAACUUUUGGCGCAUAAUGCUCUCUGAUGCUCGUGUGCUGACAGUCCUGCUUGUUGUGAUAUCGGGUGCAACCGUGGGCACGAGCUUUGCCGCGACUCUUCCUAUACACGUGCAGGAGACAUUUGGAUGGGGCCCACGCAGAACGGGACUUGCUUUCUCCUGCCUCGUUAUUCCGGCUAUCAUUAUUGCCCCUUUGGCCGGCUGGGUUCGCGAUCGCGUCGGAUCUCGACCCCCUGCAGUAAUUUCUUUGGUUCUUCAGGCGGGAUUCUUAGGAUUGUUGGGUGUUGCUGGGAGUGACCGUAUCACUUGGGCCCGCGCUAACCACCAGGGUGGGACAGUCUAUGUAGCCUGUAUUUUGGCCUUAAGUGCAUUGCGCCCUUUUAUGUCUUGCAUAGGGCCUGUCGAAUUAAGUGCUGCCGUCAAAGCACAUCAAGAAAAGUCUCCAGGAAUUUUUGGAUCUGAAGGAGGUCUCUCCCGUGUUUUUUCUAUGAUGGAAGUUGCCGCUUCCCUCGGGAUGACCAUUGGCCCGAUUGUCAGUGGCCUUUUAAAGGAAAAUCUCGGUUACGCCUGCAUGAGUUGGACAUUGAGUAAGUCGUAUCCGGUUUUCAUGUGA